AUGAAGGUCGUCAUCGCGGGUUCAACGGGUUUCGUCGGCCAAGAAGUCGUUCGACAAGCUCUUUACCAUCCUCUAAUCACCAAAGUCGUCACUCUCUCACGGCGCGAUCACGAGCUCGCAGAAGAUCUAAAAAGACCAGAAUUCGAAGAGAAGUUUACGUCUGUCAGCUGUUCAGACUUUAAGAGUUAUCCUCAAUACGUCAAGGAUGAGAUCUCUGGCGCAGACGCCUGCAUAUGCCGACACAUUUGCCAAACUUCCACGCGAGGGCAAGCCAGAGCCUUUGAGGUUUAUCUACGUCAGCGGUUCCAACGCCGAGCGAGAUCCUGCAAAGAAACCUUGGAUCCUUGGAGACUAUUGUCUACUAAGAAGAAGCAAAUCCUAGAGCGUGCACACCUAUCCGAUGGCAGAAUGCAGGUCCUUGUCACUAAAUCUGGGAUGAUUACAGACCCCGACAUGGGAUUUGUAAAACAGGCUUUCCGCUUCUUCUCACAUGCCAUCGUCAGUGUUCCGAGUAUUGGACUGGUCGAGAUGACAGCUGCGCUAUUGAAUCAAGCUGUCAAUGGUCUGAACAAGGAAACAUUAUUGAAUGCGGAAAUGGCAGAGAUUGGAAAGAAGGAAUUGGUUCGGAUGGAGAAGAACCUUGAUUGA